CAAACUGCCUCACCGUACUAGUCCCCCUCCCACCAUUUCUGCCGCCGCCUCGAAUACUUUUGAGCGUUCAAACUCAUUUCCUCCUUGUCCCGCACGCUCGCAGUCCAGCCGCUCCGACGGAUCGAGGCGGGAGAGGAGGAGGAGGAGCCUUCCGACUAGGGUCGCUGCGAGCCUGCGAUGGCGUCGGCGGCGGCGAAGCUGACCCCCAACGCCGUGCCGACGGCGCUGGCGGGGGACACCAACCUCAGGCCGGUGGUGCAGGUCGUCGACCUCCGCAGCAUAGCGGUCAGCGGGCCCCCCGGCUCGGGGCCCAGGUUCCGCGCCAUCGUCUCCGACGGCGCCGCCACGACGACCGCGCUGCUCGCCGCGCAGUUAUGCGACCUCGCGCGCUCCGGCCUUGUCCGCCGCGGCGCAAUCGUGCAGCUACUGGAGUACCUCGUCAACAACGUCAAUGGCAGAAGGGUUAUGGUCAUUCUGAACAUGGAAGUUCUUGUUCCAGAACGUGAGAUUAUUGGGAAUCCAGUAAUGCCUGCUGAGCUUGGAGUUUCUAAUUCAAAUUCCAUGGGAAUAGACCAGUUAAAUGGAGCAUCUCGACAUGGUUCAAUGGCAGGGAGUACUUUGAACACAGUGACAAGGCCCACUGACAAUGCUCCAGUAAUCCAGCGUUCGAUGGCAGGGAACUCUUCGAACAUGGGCACUACGCCAAGCGACAAUGCUCAGGUCUUCCAACCAACAGUACAGCCAUCCUAUCGCCCUGCACCCAGUUACAGAAAUCAUGGCACAAUCAUGAAAAACGAAGCCCCUGCUAGAAUAAUCCCGAUAUCUGCUCUAAAUCCUUAUCAGGGCCGCUGGGCUAUCAAGGCUCGAGUUACUGCCAAGGGAGAGAUCCGCCGGUACCAUAACACAAAAGGUGAUGGCAAAGUGUUCUCUUUUGACCUUCUUGAUUCUGAUGGCAGUGAGAUACGGGUUACAUGUUUCAAUGCUCUUGUUGAUCGCUUCUAUGAAGCUGUGGAAGUUGGUCAGGUCUAUGUGGUAUCAAGAGGAAACUUGAAACCUGCAAAGAAGGACUACAACCAUCUUAAGAAUGAGUGGGAGAUUUUCUUGGAAUCUCAGUCAACCAUUGAACUUUGUCCUGAUGAGAACAGCUCCAUUCCCGCCCAGCGGUUUAGCUUCACAUCAAUUGAUAAAAUUGAAGAUGCACAGAACAAUGCUAUUCUUGAUGUCAUAGGUGUUGUUACAUCUGUCAACCCUAGUACCACAAUACAGAGGAAAAAUGGCAUGGAAACUCAGAAAAGGACAAUUACCCUGAAGGAUAUGUCUGGUCGAAGCGUUGAGGUUACCAUGUGGGGUGACUUCUGCAACAGAGAAGGCUCGCAGCUGCAAGAAAUGGUUGAAUCUGGGGCCUUUCCUGUACUGGCUGUCAAAGCUGGAAAAGUGAAUGAUUACAGUGGCAAGUCUGUUGGCACAAUUUCUUCAUCUCAACUCCUCAUAAACCCUGAUCUUGCUGAAGCUCAUAGUCUCAGGCAGUGGUUUGAUUGUGGAGGAAGAGCUGCUUCUACUCAGUCCAUAUCUAGGGAUUUCACUCCUGCAGCAUCAAGGAAUGAGAUCCGAAAGACAGUAGCACAGAUAAAGGAUGAUGGUCUGGGAAUGGGGGACAAACCUGAUUGGGUCACUGUGAAGGCUGCUAUUAUAUUCUUCAAGACCGACUCCUUCUGCUACACAGCUUGCCCGAACGUGGUUGGCGACAGGCAAUGCAAUAAGAAGGUGACGAAGUCUGACGCAGGCAACUGGCUCUGUGACAAGUGCAACCAAGAGUUUCCAGAGUGUGAUUACAGGUAUCUCCUGCAGUUACAGAUUCAAGAUCACUCAGGAACAACCUGGGCGACAGCAUUUCAAGAGUCUGGGCAUGAACUACUUGGUUGCUCGGCACGAGAGCUCUACAUGUACAAAGAGAACGACGAUCCUCGCUAUGCAGAUAUUUUGCUCCAGUGCUUGUAUCAUCAGUAUUUGCUGAGGCUGAAAGUCAAAGAAGAAACAUAUGGCGAUGAGCGACGAGUGAAGAACACCGUGGCCAAGGUGGAGAGGGUGGAUCCUUCGGCUGAGAGUAAAUUUCUGAUUGAUUGCAUUUCAAAGUUGACAGCAUCAUAUUAAGAGCUUUAUUCUACAUCUAGCGAUUGCUGCUCCAUGUGUCACCCUGAGAGGUGUGGUAUUACCAAUAGCUCUCACUCUCCCACUCGCACGCCCCAAGGUUUCUUUGCCUAAUUAGGGAAUUUAUUCGUUCAGUACUCUUUAUCAGUAAAGAUUUUCAUUUUUGGUAUGUACCAGAUACGUGAAGCUCAAAGCUGUAAUAUCUCGGCUGCUUAUAGUAUUUCUUUCCUGUUUAACUGAACAAUCUGUAGUUUCUCUGGAAGUCCUAUUUUGUACAGCCCCUCUUAGCUAAAUUCUGCUGUUACUGUUACUUUGGCUUAAUUUCAUGGAAGAGAAUAUCUUUA